UCGGCUCGCCGCCGGAGCAGGGCGCUUCUGCGCCUGCGCCAGACGUCAGGCGGCGAUUGAAUUCUAUUAUAGCUUUAGGUUUGGUCGCGGGGCGAGGUGAAAAUGGCCGCGCGCAGGCGCGUUCAGCAUAGGAAAGAAAGGAGGAGCAAGAGAAAGGGUCGGGGGCGGGAGCGCUGGCCCCUAUGGGGCGUUUUAUUUGUUUGUGGAGUGGGCGGCUCUUCCCUAGGCUGAGAAAGGCGGGAAAUGGCGGAGGCGCGCGCGGGAGCCCGCCCAGCCUUCAGCCGAGGGGUGUCGACGGUCGGGGACGGGGGACGCAGGAUGUUGGGAGUCUGGGGUAUGGAGCAGGAACACCAGGAAGCUCUGAAGAAGAACCGAGUUGUGUUGGCCAAGCAGUUGUUGCUUAGUGAACUCUUAGAGCACCUCUUGGAAAAGGAUAUCAUCACCCUAGAGAUGAGAGAACUUAUCCAGGCCAAAGUGGGCAGUUUCAGCCAGAAUGUGGAAUUCCUUAACUUGCUGCCCAAGAGGGGUCCCCAUGCUUUUGAAGCCUUCUGUGAUGCCCUACGGGAAACCAAGCAAGGGCACCUGGAGGAUCUGUUGCAUAGAACCCUUUACAGCUUUCAGAAUCUACGGCCACCAUUGGGUUGUGACUAUGACUCAAGUUUCCCUCUCCCAGUGUGUGAUUCCUGUCCCCCUCACAAGCAACUCCGCCUGUCUGUAGAGACCAUGGAACAUUCUUUGGACAAUGGAGAUGGACCUCCCAGCCUCCAGGUGAAACCCUGUACUCCAGAGUUUUAUCAAACACACCAGCAUUUGGCCUACAGAUUGCAGUCUCGACCUCGUGGCCUAGCAAUGGUGCUGAGCAAUGUGCACUUCAAUGGAGAGAAAGACUUAGAGUUCCGAUCUGGUGGGGAUGUGGACCACAGUUCCCUAGUGACCCUCUUCAAGCUCUUAGAUUAUGAUGUUCAUGUCUUGCGUGACCAGACUGCACAGAAGAUGCAGGAGAAUCUCCAGAGGUUUGCACAGCUGUCAGCUCACCAGAGCACAGAUUCCUGUAUGGUUGCCCUCCUCUCUCAUGGCAUAGAAGGUGGCAUCUAUGGUGUAGAUGGCAAGCUGCUCCAGCUCCAAGAGGUUUUUCGGCUCUUUGACAAUGCCAACUGCCCAAACCUGCAGAACAAGCCCAAGAUGUUUUUUAUCCAGGCUUGUCGUGGAGAUGAGACAGACCGAGGGGUAGACCUUCGAGAUGGGAAAGAGCAUGUGGCUUCUCCAGGGUGUGAGGAAAGUGAUGCUGGCAAAGAAAAGAUACUGAAAAUGCGACUGCCCACACGCUCUGACAUGAUCUGUGGCUAUGCGUGCCUCAAAGGCACAGCUGCCAUGCGCAACACCAAGCGGGGAUCCUGGUACAUUGAGGCCCUGACCCAAGUGUUCUCUGAGAGGGCUCGAGAUAUGCACGUGGCAGACAUGCUGGUUAAGGUUAAUGCACUUAUCAAGGAUCGAGAAGGCUAUGCCCCUGGUACAGAGUUUCAUCGAAGUAAGGAGAUGUCUGAGUACUCCAGCACCCUCUGUCGCCACCUCUACUUAUUCCCAGGACAUCCCCCUACACAAUGAGCUCCCAUCUUCUCAAACAACCCGAGUGAGACCACAGGAGUCAUAAAUGAACUGUCCCUCUUCAGAAUGGACCAUUUUGUCCUCCCCCUCAGGGAUAAUGGGACUCUCCCAGGCUGGUUUCACAUACCUUUUAUUUUCCACUUUGAAGAUGGGGCCUGCAGGCCAGCUCCUCUUGUGUGUAAAACUAGAGCCAUUUCUUGGCAAUCCCUGGUCAGAGUCACUGCCAAGAAGAGUGCUUAGGGUAUACAAUAAGGGAGUCUGGCAGGUAGUUCUAGAACACAAUACUUUUAUGUGGGGUAAGAGGUAUGUGAGCUUCACUCCUAAGUACUAAUAUUGAAUACCCUACCAAGCCCCAGCCCUAGCCUCUUGUGGGUAUUGAUUUUACCACCAGGAUUAUUGUGAAUAGCACUUUGAUCAUUGUCUCUGUUACAUGAGUUAAGCCAUUUUGAUGAUCUCCACCUUUUAUCCUUUCUAUUUUCAAAUGCUACUUCCCUUGCCAUUCAGGGAUAUUUUGGGUGACGUUCUUUACUACUUAAUUCAGUACUUUUAAAAUCAAUUAUUUCUUUAGUAUGAGUGCUCAUUCUUUCCACUGUCACAUUAUGAAGCCCCUCCCUAAUUUAGUAAGUGACAGUCCAGAAUCAACCUAGCCAAAAAUAAUUGCUUCUCUUGGUGAUGUUUCUCUUGAAACUUACCUAGAUUCCUCUUUGGAUAAUAGACAUGGGAACCAUCAACUGGGUCCAUUUUUAAAGCCUUUCCAGCUCCAUGAGAAUUUGCCUAGUAGAACUUGUACUUCACUAGCUUAGUCUUUGAGAACCCAAUGGAUAUCUUUUAAUAAGGGGAGUUAUUUGGCCUGAGAGGGCCAAGCACAACUCAAAACACUGUAUCUGCAGUAAUGACCUAUGCAUUCUCCUUUUUUUAGUACUGUAAAGGCCUCCCUGUUAGGAGGGGACUGUCUUCCUCUAUUCACCUACUCUGAAUAUACUCCAGCCCAACUUUAGAGAAUGGUGACAACUACCCUUAUUCAAGUUAUUAAGGUGACUUAUUCCUCCCCCAGGGAGUUUCCCAGAUCUCAUAAAUGGUUACUUUCCUCUGUGUUUUCCUAUUGAAAUGGAUGACACAGAGAAAGAAUGGAGAAUGGAUUUGUGAAUGAUACCUCAGAAUAAUUCUUUUUUUCCUUUGUCUCCUAGCCUGAACUUUCACCAAGUCCCAUUUUCUGCAUUUUAGAUGUUCUGCCUUUCUCCCUAUUCGCAUUUUCCAUCCAGUCUAGGUUUUCCAUGUUUUGUGCCAGGAUUACUGUAACGGCCUCCUGGACAGUAUCUAUUCUUCCAGUCUUUCAACCUCCAUCUAAUCCGUAUGCUACCGUUAGACUGAUUUUCUAAAUUAUUUCCCUACUAAAGAAACUACAGACUCUUAAACCCUGAUUAGUUUUUAAAUGUCCUUUUACUAUCUAACCUCACUGGAUAUAUUCCAGCUUUUCUUCCUAUAUUCCCCAAUAGGCACCACCUAUUCCUCUCUAGCUAGUAUUCUAUGUUCAUUUUUUUCUAUGGUGCCUUUGCUCUUAUUAUAUUCCCACCUUUAAUGCCUUCCCUUCUACCCUGUACCUAUAUAAAGCCUUACCUAGUGUUUGGCUCAGCUCAAUUCCCACCUCAAUGAAGCCUUCUUUGAGUUCUCUUUGCACUUAAUAGUACCAUAACUUAGUACUUAAUUGUGUUCUGAUUAUUUGAUGAUCUUAUUGCCUCCCAAAGAAACUAUAAGCUUCUUGAGGGCAGUGAUUGUGUCAUAAGUCUGUGGCCCCUGUAGUGUGGGCACAUAGUAAAUUCAGAGACCACGUAUUAUACUUUUAUCUCCCACAGUGCCCUGUACCAUGCUAGGGCCUAUAGGUGCUCAGUAAAUACUUUUUGAUUGGAGUUGGGGUGGAGGCCCUCCAGGGAAGGUAUUCAUUAUCCUAGCCUAUCUGCCUAAGCCCUGCCUAGGGUGGAAGCCUGUGAUGUGGAAGAAUCUGGAAAUGAGCCUCUCCCCACUCCCCACUGCCAGGGUUUUGUAUUGUUUUCAGGUGCCAAAUAAAUACUCAUGUUUGUUA